AUGAGUAACUUUAGAGGCAUAUCCCUCGAGCAAGAUGGCCGCUUCACCAACGCCGAAGCCCGCUUAAUGAAGACCAUGUCCUUCCCUCCCGAAUUCAAGAUGAAAGUGGAUAUGUCCAAAGUCAACUUGGAGGUCAUCAAGCCAUGGAUCGAGGAUAAAGUCAUUGCGAUGAUGGGAGUUGAGGAUGAUGUCGUUGUAGAUUUUGCGGUUGGGUUGUUGGAAGAGAGUGGAUCGCCCGACCCACGAAAGAUCCAGAUCAGCUUAACCGGUUUCCUGGAGAAAAACGCCCCGGCAUUCACAAAAGAGCUCUGGAACCUCCUACUCUCCGCACAAGACAACCCAACCGGAAUCCCAACCGAACUCAUCGAGCUCAAGAAAGCCGAGAUGAGAGCCCGAAAA